AUGUCGUCGCUCCCAUCCUCUUCCCACCAUUUUUCGUUUGAUGAGCUUGAAGAUUGUGAUCCGGCAGUGUCGUCGUCUUUGCUACUAACACCUCCGUCAGUGGUCAGCUAUCAAGAUGUCGGGUCAGAAGGGAGCAUGAAGCCGAGUACGCUGAGGAGAGGUCCCAGUGCCGUAAUUGACUGUGAAUAUGUCUUUAGAAAGUCAUUCGGACACACGGAAUACAAGGGAAAGCAGAAAGAGAUUAUUGAAGCAGCGGUACUGGGCGCCGACGUCUUUGUCUUAGCACCAACUGGAAUGGGGAAGAGUCUGUGUUUCCAAAUUCCCGCUAUAGGCAAUCGUCAUGGAGUUACUGUUGUCGUUUCUCCUCUACUAUCUCUCAUGAACAACCAGGUCGCAAAACUGCGCAAGCUCGACAUUCCUGUGAUUGCAUUCACCUCUGAGACGUCACCAGACGAGAAGCAAGAGAUUACCAGGGACCUGUUGUCGGGACAUCCAGCCACCCGUCUCCUCUAUGUUAGCCCAGAGAAAUUUUGUAUGGCGGAGUUCAACAAGUUGCUCGAAAGAGUCUACUGUCAGGGCGAGCUGAACAGAUUAGUUGUAGACGAGGCACAUUGUAUCUCAGAAUGGGGCCACGACUUCCGCGCUGAGUACAGGCGACUAGGCUCCUUCAGGGACAAGUAUCCCAAUGUCCCAAUAAUGGCGCUGACGGCUACCGCUACGGAGGCAGUUCAAGAGGACAUCGUGCGGAGCCUAAAGAUGUCGACAGACAACCUUUUCAAAGCUGUGCACCCAUUUAACCGCGCGAACCUCUUCUACGAGGUUCGCUACGUCUCGUCCCCCGACCCGAACGCGCACAUGGUCGAUGUCUUGGAAUACAUCAAUACCCUGCACCGGCGGCGCCAGCGCCCCUCGUCGGGCGUCAUAUACUGCCGCACGCGCGUGCGAUGCGACGAGCUCUCUGCGUACCUACGUGGGAAGGGCCUGAAUGCGAGACCGUACCACCGCGGGAUCAAGGCCAACAUGCUUAACAAGACGAUGGAAGAGUGGGAGCGCGGUGGCGGCGGGGAAGGCGGCAUCGACGUUGUCUGUGCUACGAUCGCCUUCGGCAUGGGCAUCGACAAGGCCGACGUCCGGUAUAUCAUACACUAUGACCUACCCAAGAGCUUCGAAGGUUACUAUCAGGAAACUGGAAGAGCCGGACGCGACGGUUCACCAUCAAAAUGCAUACUGUUCUACUCUAGGGAGGAUGCCGUCAGGGUCCGCCGCCUGAUCUCCGGCUCACACGCCCAGCGGGUCGUACUCGCGGAAUCGAUGCAAGGCCCUGCACCGAGCCAGAGGGCCGUGGAAAGUCUCACCGCUCUGGUCAAUUUCUCGGAGAGCGUGACUGUCUGUCGGCAUGUUUCCGUGUGUAGGUACUUUGGCGAGAGCAUUGACACUAAUGACCCGGUUGUCGCGAAGCGGUACUGUGAUGGAAUGUGCGACGUCUGCAAAUACCCCGACAAGACAAAACGUCGUAAGCUCGGGCUCUCCUCCGAGGAAUACGCCAGCUCUCAGGCCCUCGGCGGGAGCGAUGAGGACGACGAUGGGUACCCGCGUGUCCAGGCUCCUGUAAGGCAGUCUGCUCCGGCUCGUCCGAACUCCGGCACGGAUUCGGGGUGGAAAAUGAACUUCCGAGACGGAGAUGACACCGAUGAGGAUGGUGGUGACUCUACUCCUGCUGCAACGAGGCACGGCGCGCUAGCUGGUCAUGAGAGUGCGAGUGCUAGCACCAGUCGUGCAUGUUCGAUUGGCAGUAGUACCGGCCGCCCGGGGCCCAGCGCGUACACAGCAAGAGGACGCCAGAGUGGGGGUCCGAGCAAGCGGCCUUCGUCUGCGCUGGGGGCUUCGGCUGCGCAUAACCAAUACGAUGGUGCGGUUAAGAAACCGAAGGUCGAUCACCCCCCGCCUCCCCUCGGCAUGUCCUCGAAGCUCAGGCAGACCAUCAGCAAGCCGUUCAGGAUUCCGUUCAAGUCACCGCUGUUGGAAGUCCAGCGUCCUCAGCAGGCGAAACCUCCGGCACGUAGCCGCGUUCAAAACGUCUCGACGCCUAGUCCACCCGAGGAGCCUGCAGAUGAAUUUGAUGACUGCGUAGUUGCUGUGGGGGAACACGAAGAACAGCCAAUAUACGAACCCCAACCCGAACGAGAACCCGAACAAGAAGUUAUAUGCAUCGACUAUGAUGACGAGGAAAAAGAAAACCUCGACGUCAGUUCAUCGUCAUCAUCUGUGCAGCUGCCUGAAACCAGUGUCGAGCUAGACGCGUUGUUCUCGCAGAAAGUACCGAGAUCACUGCGAGAUACAACGUUCAUCGCGCUGCGUCGAGCACUGCACGCGGUGUUCACACAAGAUGAGGCCGGAGAUGCGCUGUGGAAGAAGGCACGUAUGCCUUCCCCCGACCUGGACAAGAGAAACAACGUCCUCGCCAACGCAGCGCGUGAGCUCGAAUUUAUCGCACACUCACUAUGCACCACGCACGACGGCUACAAAGCGCGCGUUGACGAGCGGAUCCAGGGCAUCAAGCUCCUCGUAAAGCCGGAAGCGUGGGGGAAGGGCAAGGAUGGUUUUGAGGACGCAGAUGAGGUCGUGGAGGUGCUCAGACGGCUGUGUGCUUCGCGGAGCAAAGGGAAGGGGAAGGCCAAGCGUAGAGAAGUUGAGUAA